CGUGAAACAAACUGCUCGUCGUAGCUUUGGGUUUUGAUGAUUCGUAUAUUUUGAGUAUCGUGCUUAAUAAUAGAAUAAUAGUAUAGCGUUAUGUUCUUUGUUUCUAAAGUACAGUGCACCAAACACAAACAGUGACCGUCCAUUACACUAUUACAAAUAAAAGACAAAUAUGACGCAAGUUUGUAAGGGAUGAUACAAAUGAAAUAAUCAUUCUAACCCCAAAUUUUUAGUGCCGGGUUUCGAAAGUGACAGUCUACUAGUGGUAAAUCAGCUGAUUGUAUUUUUGUUUACAUGCGAAUAUGUAUACUUUAUUAUGAAAGUUUAGAAAACUUAGUUUUCAAAGUUUAGUGAACAAUGUCAGUUGGUAAACAAAAAAUCGUUUUUGAUUCCCAUUAAUUUUGAGGUUAUGUUGUUUUUGGUUAAAUAAAAACUGAAUAGAAGAUGUUGUGUUUAAAGAAAGUGUACAGGGAUGAGCUCCUACAACUAGCUCUUUUACUUAGUAUUCUCAGAGUCAAUCACGAUUCUUUUUAUGACAAUAUAUAUGACAACUUGGAUUUUGAUAAUGGUACUAGCUGGAGAAGUAUUACACCUGCUAUUUUAAGAUCUCACUAUGUUAGCCCUAAGAGCUUAGAUUCUGUUUUGUUGAACUAUCAGAGAGAUUUGUUUGCCGACUUAAAUUCCUUAGGAAGAUUCAAUAGGGACAACUUUAGAAACCCAGAUGUUACAACUUACUUACUUAACAUCAACCGCACUGCCUCUUCAGUCAACACAGAUCCUUUGCCUGUACCUAAUGCCCCUGUCGCCCAAAAUCAAUCCGACAAUGUUGUCAAUGAAGGAGAAGCCAACGCUAUAGAUGUAGGGAUCAGUCUAAGCCAAGAGGAUAUGGAUCUAAUAGAAGUGCUUUGGAAACAAGAUGUCGAUCUUGGUUUCACCGUUGACAACAUCAAACCCGAAAAAGAGAACAUCAAAGUCGAACCUGACGAUCCCGCCACUUCGAUUAACGUUAAAGACAAAGACGAUAUCGAAAAGUUGAAAACACUUCAGGCCAUCAACGAGGACGCCAUCAAGCAAGAAAAAGAUGAAGAUCCAUGGUCUGGAUUUGACUAUACAAUCGACACAGAAACCGGAGAAUAUGUGAUAAAAGGGGAGGCCGAUUCUGAGAAUAGCGAAGAGGUAAGCGAUUCUGUUGAUCUUACCCUCGAAGAUCUCGCCUUACCACUACCAGAAUUCUUUCUCGAUGAGGCCCUACGUCUGAUUGAUUUAGAAGAUGAAACGUCACAGGAGAACACAGUAAACCUCAAGGAGUUGGAAAACCUUCCAACUGAAACAAAUAGCACAUCUGUGCAGUCGGUUGUCGAACCUAACGCCGCAGCUGAUGUAAAAGCUGCGUCGAAAGCUGAUGACAUCUCUUCUUCUUCCGAGGAGGUACUUCCUAAAGAAGACAGUGACGACGACUUCGAUUUUCUCAACAUGAUUCAAACACCACAGUUCCACCACCCUCACCAUAGGGCUCCGUUCCAGUCCCGCAUGCCGUUCGUCCGUACGAUGAGCAUGGAACAGAGAUGGCAGGACCUUGCUAAUCUCCUUAGUCUUCCUAGUCCUGACGGAGGCGGCAUCCAUCAUCCCUUUAGCCACCACCAUCAUCAUUUGCACAAUUAUACCCACCAUCCGCACCCUCAUAGCAUGGGUUAUAGUCCAGAAGCAGCAAGAGGGGUGCUCCUCCACAAUGCCACCUUGCCAACUCCAAUUGGCGAUUUGAAUUCAUCUGUGCCAUAUAGUAAUUUAGGUGGUACAAAUUUUGGGAGCGCCGUAGCGAGUUCCAUGAACCUGACGAACAGCAGCGAACCAAUGGGAGAAUCAUCGAACACACCCCAUUACAAACUGGAACCUUCACACGACAUUUAUUAUCAGAACGGUUCGUCUGAGAUUAAUCAAACUGAUGGUUUUCUUUCUUCGAUCCUUAACGACGAAGAUCUUCAGCUAAUGGAUAUGGCUAUGAAUGAAGGCAUGUACACCAUGCGAAUGUUGGAUGGUAAUAGCACAAUAAAUAACGUAGGGGCCAACAACACAAGCACCACGAUGUCCCGAAAUGAUAUGGAACGCAUGGAUACAUCCAGUGACAGCGCUGUUAGUUCCAUGGGCUCUGAACGAGUGCCAUCUUUAUCCGACGGGGAAUGGGGAGAUGGUGGUUCCGAUUCUGGACAUACUUCUACCGAACAUUAUGUGACUGAUUACACCACAAAAUUACGCCCGUACGACUACAGCUAUAGUAAUCGACAACUGAACAACGGCAUCGGCAAUUCCGACAGCACACGCAUUCCACCUGUAGCGCAAAAGAAACAUCAAAUGUACGGCAAACGAUUUUUCCAAGACCACAAUUCAUCAAAUUCCUCACAUUCACCCGCGACGCCCUUAAAAUAUGAAUAUAGAGAACCUGCGUCAUCGUACAUCACCAACCAAUCGGAAGGUGCCGUAGGUCCAAAAGUUCCUGAAAUGAAGUAUUCCUGUUCCAUGGAGUUUGGAAUACAGGGACAUUUGAAUAGGAAUCCAGUGAACCACAUACAACACAACCACACUUAUCAUCUUCCUGCGGAAAGCUCGGGUGCCAUGCAGAGGCCUGUCAUAAGAGACAAAUCCAAGCAGCGAAAGGCCGAAGAUGAACAUUUGACUAGGGAUGAAAAACGUGCCAGGGCGCUCAAUGUUCCCAUUUCUGUUGACGAUAUUAUUAACCUUCCCAUGGACGAAUUCAACGAAAGAUUGUCAAAGUACGAUCUGAGCGAAGCUCAGCUGAGUCUUAUUAGGGACAUACGAAGACGCGGCAAGAACAAGGUCGCUGCUCAGAAUUGCAGAAAGAGGAAACUUGAUCAAAUUUUGAGUUUAGCUGAUGAAGUGAAGGAUAUGAAAGACAGAAAAAUGAGACUGAUUGCCGAUCAUGAAUAUGUUAAAAACGAAUGCAAACGGUAUCGUGAUAAGUACCAGCAACUCUACAGACAUGUAUUCCAGAAUUUGCGAGAUCCCGACGGUAACCAAUAUUCCCCUUACCAAUGGAGUCUGCAGACAUCAGCCGAUGGUUCAAUCAUCCUUGUACCCCGAUCAAAUUCCUCAGUUUCAAAUCAAGACCCUAAGGAUCCGUUGCAGAACCACAAGGAACCAUAAACUAAAUUGCUCAAAAAUGUUUAAAUUUCCUAUAUAUUGUUUAAAACAGGGUUUAUUUUUGUUUGGUUUUAUUUUUAUUUUACGUGACAGGGCGCUUCAACAAAAUUUAUUCAUUAGAUAUUCCAAAAAUAAAAAACAUUCCCCAAUUUAUCUCAAAGCAACGAAAUUACUUACAGAGCGAUCAAUGAAAUUUGUCGUUCGACUUCAAAAUUUAGAAUAAACGAGUUUUUAUUUUUUUAUUUUGUAUAUUUGACUCAUGUUUCCUUUAUUUAUUAUGACAAAUUAUUGCAGUUGAAUCCUGUCAAUAUUGAAGAGCAUCAGCCAUUGUUGUUUACCACUAAACCACAUUAAAAGUCUUGUAAUCAAAAAUUUUCACAAAUCCUGUCUCAGAAUAUUUACAUUUUUUUAUUUAGCUUUUAAAAAUUGGUCUCAAAAACACAUUUGAUUUAAUAAAUUAAAUUCUUGUAUUAAAUAAUAAGUGAAGAAUUAGUGGUGAGGACUACACAUUUAGAUGAUUUAAAAUGGUUUGAAUAUAAAUCGUCGUAAUACUUGAAUUUUAAUAAUAAGUGCUUCAUACAUUCUAUCUAAAAAAUGCGUACCAUAUGGAAACUAGUAUUCCUAAAUAAAAAAUAGCUAGUUUGGAAACAUUAUUUAGUUUGUCGUGAAAAUAAAAACUUUAACAAAGAUAAAUUGUCUGUAUUUUUAUUUAGAAAUAUACAUCGAGAGAAGCAAAAUGCUCUAAUUAGUCCAUGCAGGCGUGGAUUUAGAACAUUAUCCACGAGCGACUCACAUAAAUCAGAAAAAUAAUUAAAAAUAUAUGUAUUUAUAAAUGUUGAUAUAAUAUUAGUUAAAAUAAUUUUCAAUUUUUUUUAAAUAAUGAACAGAUUUUUCCCAAAAUUUCGAUUUUUUUACAGUUUUCCAUGUGAUACAGAUUUUAAAGAGAUUAAUUCGAUGUCUCUAAUACAUAGCAACUUUUCUAAACACUGCUUCAUAUUGAUUCCAAUUUGUAAAUUUUAAUUAUUCUAUACUUGCACUUGUAUUUCAAUUCGAUCAUUGUGCGAUUGAAGUCAAGCCAAUUUAUUGAAAGCCCCUAUUUAAAAAUGAUAUAUCUAUAUAUAAUAAAAUCAAAAGAGAUUGACGGAUAAUGAUGUAGAUAUUUUUGCACAAAGCUGUAUUUAUAUUGUAAUAAUAAUUUGAUGAACUAUACUUUUUAUUUUUAUUUUAAAGUGGAAUUGUAUUACUGCGUAUCUUCAGUUCUUUCUUAAUUAAUAACUAGGAAGAAUUCAUUGAUUUUUCUUCCUAAAACGACUGUCUUGUUGGUAAAAAUUUUCAGAAGACGCAAAAUCGAAUUAAUAAAUACCAAUUUUGAAUAAACAUGAUCAUUUACAAAGAGCAAUAAAUUUAGCUGAUGCUUAUUUAAAAAAUUGUGAUUUAUUUGUUCCUUUUAAAUGGGUUUAUUUGCGUCUUAAAUUAGAUUAAUUUAAAACAAAUUAUAGAAGUCGUUUCAAAAAUACUUUAUAUUAAUAUCGCAAUACUAAUCAUUAAUGAAUACUAUAAUUUUAUUAAAACUAAAAAUUGUCAUAUUUUAAUCCAACAAUACAUAGGUUUAUGUUGUAUUCAUUUUAAUAAUCUAUUUACUGUUCGGCGAAUAAGGGGGAUAGAAUUCUAUCAAUGAUAUAUAUAGAAUGCAUCCUUUCUGGCUUUAAAAUAAUUAGAUAAAUAUUAAUGGAUUUCUGUAGGAAUAUCGAAAUGGUAUAUUCUCUAUAUUGUAGAACUCACGAGCAAGAGUAUCUCAAAAAUAAUGAUUUUAACAGUAAAUAAAUAAAAUAUUUGUUGUUCUUUAUUUUUCAUCAUUAAUAGUAACUUAUCUGCCAAAAAACUGAAGAAUACUUGUUCAUGAGGUCGACAAUAUGUUCCACUAAAGUCACUUGUUACUUGUAAAUCUAUAUUAUUUAUAUAUUUUUUAUUACACUUUUGUAUCUAUUACUUUUCCUUUCACCCGUUUUAGAUUUUAGGGUGGUAGAUAUAGCAUUUCUGUAGCCAACAACAAACUGACAUGCCCUUUGACCUCUGAAGUAAAAUGUAUAUUAAUUAUUUGUAGAAUUCAAUUCACUAUAUUUUAAGUCCACUUACAGCAUAUUCAAUAUUUUUAAUAUUAUGUUUAAAACUUUUUAAUUUUUUUAUAAAGUACAGUUCAAAAAAAAGAUUUGUGAUUAAUUCAGUUUGCUGUUAUCAGACUUAUAUACUAGCAGAAAUUCUGACAAACCCUCAUAAAAAAAAUGAAUAAAUCCAAUAUAUAUUUUUUAUAAUAUUGAUCAGGUGAUGAAUAUGCCUUUUUCUUAAUAUUUUAGUGUAUAUAUAUUAAUUAAGGUAGUUUGUAAACAAAAAAAAAGAAAGUUAUUGUGUCUGACUGGUGUUGGAAUGUAGCUUAUUAUUUUAUUUGGCCUGAUGAAUAGUCAAUCAAAAAUUAACAGCUCGGCUUUUCUUUUAAUAUUUUUAACAAGGGAUUAACCAAACUAGUACCAGAUGGCCAACUAUACUUCGACCCUUAUUGAAUGAAUGCUCAUGUCUUUAAAAACAUUUCAUCAAAUCAAUCUUUUUUUUAGCAGAAUAGAAUUGUUUUUUUUAACUUUCGGUUAUCUUAGAAAUAAGGAUGCCUCUUUUGGAAUAGAACAGCAUUUGUAUUCAGUUGAAUUUAAUGUUAUACAUAUAUAUUUUUAUCAAUUUGCUUUUUAUUAAGAGAAAUUCAAGGUUCUUGUUUACUAUCUCUCCUUUUUCUUUUUUUUUUUUUCCUUUUUUUCUUUCUUUUAAAGUACAAAUAAUAUUUAAAAUUAACAAAGGUGCUAUCUGAAAAGGGGAAUCUUUAAUUUUGAAUUAACUGACAAUUUUAGAAAAUAUGUAUUAUUAGUUAUGAACGAAAUCUUUGUAUAUACUGGGUGUGAGUUAAAUCAUUCUCGUAAAACUUAACAGUCAUAUUGCAAUUCAGUGUUCAGAAUAAUUAUUAAUAAAAUUAAGCUCACUGUUGUCAAAUCUUUAUUAACAAAUGGUUGGUUUCCCUCACACCCUCUGUAUACUAUAUAAAAUGAGCAAUCAAGAUGUGUUAAAUUAUAGCUGGUGGUCGAAAUUUUAAACAUUCCUAUUUCACUUUCCUAUUAAUUUUGAAUCAGUUAUAAACAAUUCUGUUUUAAUUUGUGAAUUUUUAAUAGCCAUUUAUCAAUAUUGUAUGAGAACUUCCGGUUUUUGGAACAGUUAAAUAAAAGCGUUAUAACUUUGGUUGAAAUGUCAGUCUCCUAUUAUUUCCUUUUUUUUUUCAAUUUAUUUAAUAGAAAUCUGAAAACCUUCAUUGUUUUAAUAAACUGAAUGAAUUAUAAAAAUGUUAUGGAAGUGAAAUGGUGACGUUUAUUAUUUAUCAGGUCAGAUCCAGUAGGUAUUACUUAAGGAUCGUAUGUGAUUUUAUAGUUAUGUUUCAUUUACUUAUUAAUUAUUACUAAGUAGUAACCGUACUUUUAUUUGGUAGUAAAUGUUUCGAAAAUUCUAAGAUCGUUUAUAUUAAUCUAGGCUAAUAUUUUUUAUGAACAUUAUAGGUUUUGUACAUUGUAUAGUAGGAGAAUAAAAGUUCUAAAUGUCAC